GCUUGAAAAUUCAGUCUAUUGGAUAAUGAGUUAGAAGAGCAGACACAUGGACUUGAGAGGCAGACAGUUGAUUUGCUGACAUAUUCCAGCAAAGCACCCAAAAGAGCGCUUACUUUGAAGACUAUAACUUUUUUUUUUUUAUACUCUGGACACAUUACACGUUUUGACAGAGAAGCUGGUGGAGUGUUUUGUUCUGUCAAAACCACAGGAGAUAUCAUCACUGUUUGUGUCAGGCUGUGGCCAUGUCGGCUGACAGACUGAGCAGCGUGUCAAAGGAGGUGAAGCCAGAGAGCGUGUCGCUGAGUCCUCUGGGCACAGCAGCUGCCCCUGAGCAGGAGCUGCUGCUGUGCAUCUUUGGGACGGGGGACUUGGGGCGCUCUCUGGGCCAGCGUCUGCUCCAGACUGGCUACAGGGUGGUGUACGGCAGCCGCAGACCUCACAGCUGCGGCCCCUUGCCUCAGGGAGCUCAGGUGACGAGCCAUGAGGCAGCAGCCCAGUCAGCUGCUCUGGUGCUCGUUUGUAUUCACAGAGAAAACUAUGACUUCCUCGAGACUCUUGCACCUCAACUCAAGGGGAAGGUGCUGGUGGACGUCAGCAACAACCUCAAGAAGAAUCUAUACCCAGAGGCCAAUGCGGAGUAUCUGCAGAGGCUGGUCCCCGGAGCUCACGUGGUGAAGGCUUUUAACACCUUGUCUGCCUGGUCCCUGCAGAAUGGACCCUCAGAUGCCAGCAGACAGGUUUUCCUAUGUGGAACUGGUGCAGAAGCAAAGCAGGCAGUAGCAGAUGUGGCCACCAAACUGGGCUUCACUGUCCUGGAUAGAGGGUCUCUGUCUGCAGCCAGGGAGCUGGAGGACUUCCCCCUGCAACUGUUUCCAGAGUGGAGGCUGCCGCUACGCAUUGCUGUCGGCCUCACUGCCUCCUUCUUCCUCUAUGUGGUCAUUAGAGAUGUUGUCUAUGCAUCUGUUGACCAGGGGAAAGACAUCUCCUUCAGAAUCAUGGUGUCUCUGGCCAACAAGGUGUUUCCCAUUGUGUCUCUCAUCAUGUUAUCACUGUGUUACGUGCCUGGUGUCAUAGCUGCCUUCCUUCAGCUCUACAGAGGAACCAAGUACAGGCGUUUUCCUGACUGGUUGGAUCGCUGGAUGCUGUGCAGGAAACAGCUGGGACUGGUAGCACUUGGCUUUGCUUUUCUACAUGUGCUCUACACUCUCAUCAUCCCCAUAAGAUAUUAUGUGAGAUUCAAGAUUGCUGCAAGUACUGUUGCUCAGAUCAGGGAGAACCGAACGUCAGUGUUUGACACCACCACGGCCUGGCGUGGGGACUCUUUCUACUCGAUGGGCAUUCUGGGGUUCGGCCUGUUCGUCCUGUUGGGAAUAACCUCUCUCCCCUCCGUCAGCAACGCUCUCAGCUGGAGAGAGUUCAGCUUCGUACAGUCCAAGCUGGGAUACCUGACAGUGUUCUUCUGUACCUUCCACACCUACCUGUACGGCUGGGACAGGUUCCUUCGUCGCUCUACCUACAAAUGGUACACUCCUCCGGCUUUCAUGCUCUCUCUAGUGGUCCCUUCUGUGUUGUUGGUGCUCAAGCUGCUUCUCCUCCUGCCCUGUGUGGACCGCAGCCUCACUCGCAUUCGACAGGGCUGGGAGAGACCCGAUCUGGAGGACAGUAAAAAAGCACUGCUGGCAUAGAGACUGUGAUGAUUACAGACAGAGAAACGUGUAUGCAGGAGAGAAAAAAACCCAGCCUUACAGAGCGGACUUCUGAGAGAGCUCUACCACCAGAUAUAACCCCUGCACAUUUAUUUGGAUGUCAUAAAUCCAAGACUUGCACCUAUUGUUCCGCUCUCUAGCUCUAAUGAAUAAUUUCACUAUAAUAUCUAGUAUUGUCACUAUAUUAUUAGACUCAGAGACAGGCAAUUUGUUGUGUGUCUCUUAACAUCAGCAGCAGCUUCAUCGACAUUCAUCUUCAGCACAUGACAGCUUAUGUUUUUACUUUCUAUCAUUUCUGUGAAUUAUUAUUUUUGGCUCUUUUGUUCUUCCUUAUUAAUGUUACUUCAUGUCAAGUGUAACCACUGUUCAAUAAACUUAAGUGUGACUCAA